CCGGUCUCUAAACGAAGUCGGCCGUAACGUAAUGACCAAGCGUUACCAUGGAGACAAACAUACACGAAUUCUUCGAAAAGAUGGAAGAUAAAGUGGCGACUGAAGUGCAAGGAGAAGAUGGCCAGGGAAGUUCUGACAGAAAUGCCUUAAUUAAGGAUGGAGCUCAAGAAGACCUGGAAUACAGGAGAGAAUUGGAAAGUUCACCUCAAGAGAAAAAAGAAAAAAAUUCAGGGCCACGAAUGACCAAGAAGUUCCUGAAGGACCACUGUAAGCAGAAUAAACUGUACGCCACACCUUGUCUGAAUGACACACUGUAUCUGCAUUUUAAAGGUUUCUCCACCAUUGAGAACUUAGAAGAGUACACAGGACUGAAGUGUCUCUGGCUGGAAAGUAAUGGCCUCCAGCGCAUUGAGAACCUGGAUGCCCAGACUGACCUGCGCUGCUUGUUCCUUCAGCAGAACCUCAUACACAAGCUGGAGAACUUCAAACCUUUGAAAAAGCUCUGCACCCUGAAUGUCUCCAACAACUACAUACACACCAUAGAGAACAUCUCCUGCCUUCCUGAGCUCAGCACUCUGCAGAUUGCCCAUAACAAGCUGAAAACUGUGAGGGACAUCGAGCAUUUGAAUCAGUGUCCGGCCAUUAGUGCAUUGGACAUGUCUCACAACCUGUUUUGUGACCCAGAGAUCCUUCCUGUGCUCGAGGCCAUGCCAGAACUGCGAAUCCUGAAUCUGAUGGGAAAUGAGGUGGUGAAAAAAAUCCCAAACUACAGAAAGACCAUGAUUGUGCGCCUCAAGCAGCUCACUUUCCUUGAUGAUCGCCCCGUGUUUCCUAAAGACAGGGCAUGUGCGGAGGCUUGGGCAGUGGGAGGGCUGGAAGGGGAGCGCAAGGAGAGGGAGCAGUGGGAAACCCGGGAGAGGAGGAUAAUUCAGAACAGCUUGGAGGGAAUGGAAAUGAUUCGAAAAAAGGCUCAGGAGAGACGACGCCUUCGAGAACUAAAGGAAAAAGGAGAAACUGAUGCUCCCACCACUCCAGAGAGUCCUUGUGAGGAAAACGACCCCCAGAUUUUGGCUUCUUCCGAAGAGAAGAAGAUUGAAGCUUUUGUGAAGGACUGUCUGGAUGCCAACGAAGAGUUCUUGCAGAGUCAGUCUAACCAAGGCCCCAAUGAACAUCUAGAAUCAGAGCAGAGAGGUGAAGUGCUGCAGACAGAGCAGCUAGAGAAAGAUGACAAGGACCAAUCAGAGAUAGAGCAGGCUGUGAGGGAAGAGAAAGAAAGAGUGAAUCCAGAGGAGCCUGCACAAGAGCAAGAAGGUACAGAAGAGAAGAUAUUAGAGACAGAGAAAGUACAAGAUAACAAACAGCAAAACCAGUCAAGUGGAAUUCAGUUAAUGAGAAAUGAAGCAGAGAGAGAGAAGUUUGAGAACAAACAGCCUCUGAUCAGGGCACCUCUACCUGAAGCAGACAAGGUUGUACCAGUACACGGACCUGGGCCGCUGGUUACAGAGCUGGAGGACACAGAGCUGGAAACCAUUCAGCUUCCACUAAAUCGUGAGCUGUGUAUUGAUGACCUGCCUGACUUGGAAGAUGUAGAAACAGAAGAUUUUCCUGCAAGGUUCUCCUCCCAGCAGGUGUUCAAACCAAAAAUAGAAGUCAUAUCAGGAGACAGUGAUGAGGAAGAACCAACAGAGAAUCAGAGUGACGGCAUCUCCACCUUUGGUCCAGAAAGGAAGUCUUUGUUCUUAAUGAGUGACUGCAAAUCAGCUGGUGUCUCCAGCAAUUCUUUGUCACUGGUGUAUCCAGAGGAUGAGGAUGAUGAGUUUUCCCAUCCCCUAAAAUCAAAAACAAACCAAACCUCAUCUCCACCACGCUGCCUGAUUGAGGAGCUCGAAUAAUGUUUUAAGAGCACUGUUUUUUUUUUUUUUGUUUGUUUGUUUUUAGCAAGAUAAGCCUUAAAAAUACCAGCGUCAAAUAAAAUGUAAUGCUCACAGCCAAAAAUUGUGUGUUAGAUCACAAGUGCUCAGUCAGGGAACAGCUUAAAUUUAAAAAAUGAAUAUUUAGCUGGUUAAAAAUAGCGAGAGGUAAUUUAUUGCCUUUCAUAUACGUUAAGGGUUGUCAUUCUAACU